AUGGCUACAAACGCGUCUGCGAACGCAUCUACGAAUGCAAACAGUUCCUGUUUAUCGAAGGUCACCUGGCUGGGAGGACCAACCAACGCCGAUUUUCUUCAUUACAACCGAUUCAUUAUCCUCUCAGUCAUCGGCAUUCCCGUCUGCGCGGUCGGCGUCGUCACCAGUGCUCUCAGCAUCUGUUUGUUUUGUCGAGACACGUCGACCCCACGAACAACUCGUAAGCUCCUCAUCUUCACGUCACUGGUUGACGUACAUUUUCUUUUCUUCUCUCUGCUCUAUCUUCAACCGCUAAUAUGCUGCAGAUCAAACUCUACGUGGAUGAAGUUCUACAAGUCAAUUGGAUACCUGCUGCCCAUAUUUUCCCUGGUAAAUAUUCUAGAAAGUCUGAGGAAUUGGUUGGUUGUUCUCAUCGGCGUGGAACGCUUUCUGGUCGUUUGCUUUCCUGUUCACAGCAAACUGUGGUGGAAUGGGAGGCUCACUAAUCACCUCAUAGCUGCCACUGUUGGAUUUUCCGUCUUGAUUCGACUUCCCCUCAUCUGCUACUUGGCGUUUGAGAAUGCGGGACCAGAGCGGUCAGGGGUGGCGUCAUGGCUUUACCAAAUACAUUCGUGGACCGAUAGCGUCGUGGUCACGCUGAUCCCGUGGAUUAUCCUCGUGGUCUGUGGUGUACACGUUGGACGUGGUCUCCGGCGGUCGGAUCGUUUUCGUCGGGAGCAAAGGGAGCGGCAGACUCCACCGCUUGAAAUGAAUGGAGAGAGCACGAGUACCACCAGAAAUGCUGCUCGGGGGGUCAGGCUGACUCGUGGCCUCCUAAUUGUCAUUAUCACUUUCACUGUAUUUAUGUUGCCUCUGGUGCCUGUGAGCAUAAUCCAGCUUAUUUCACGCCACAUCUUGCCCUCUUCAUGUGUCUACCUGGUCGCCCUUCACAUAUGCUCUUAUGUGGCGGCCCUGGGCUCCCAACUGAACUCCACAGCGAACUUUUUUGUCUACAUUGUCUACUGGGGCAGGUACAGGCGGAUGCUACUGCGGAUGUUGCAUUGUGAAUGCACGAAACGAGCGCGGCGAUUAGAGAACGAUUCGAGCCGAGAUUUGUCCAUGCUGUUAAUCCGUAUUCGCGCGGCGCCAGAAUGA